UGGGGAGCGGAGCCGCGAGUCAGCUCAGCGAGCGCCCCUCGCUGGCCUGUCCGGCCCCGCCCCCGCCCCGGGCCAUGGCCCAGCCCUUGUCCCGGCCCCUCGUCCUAUCCCUUUCCCAGCGUUGGCCUCCGGCCCCGCCCUCGUCCCUCUUCCUAAAUUGGCCUCAGCCCCAGCCUGGGCCCCAGGGAAUGCCAACGUCCAGGGCCCAAUCCAGCCCCCCCCUCAGGUCCCAGUCCCUAGCCCAGACUUGGCCCCUAGCCUCGCCUCGGCCCUCGUUCCACUCCCUGUCGCAAAUCCCAGUCCACUCUCGGUCCCCACCCCAUUCUCAGCGGUUGCCUAAGCCCCUGCCCCAGUGCCGGCCCUUACUUGAGUCGUUGUCCCAGCCCCUGCCUCCAUCACACUCCCUGCCCUUGUUUAAGCCUGAGUACUCAGGCCAACCCUACUCAUCGUCUCAACCUUUGCCCUCAUCUCUGUGUUUACCCAAGUCUUUCCCACUGGCCCCCCGCCUCUCUCAUACUCUACCCCUCUCCCAGCCUCGACUCAGGUCUGGGCUCCAGCUGCCAUCAGUCCUAUUGCUGCUGUUGCUGUUCUCUGUCCUUGGCCCCGGGGCUGGAGGCCUUUUCCUGACGGAUUACUCCACCUGCUCACCUCGAAAGCUGAGUCCUUUCCGCUCAUUUGCCAGCACUGAACUCUUCCACUUCCAUGUUCCAGAGGACACGUUCCUGGCGGUUUGGAACCUCAUCAUCUUCAAGGAGCAGGGGGGGACCUUUGGGGACCACUGCCCAGACCAAAGUGUGACUGUGUAUUUCCGGUCAGGGGCACCCCCUGUCAUCAAUCCCCUGCACACACACUUCCCAGGGGACACAGCUGUGCCCGGGGUUUUCUCACUGACCCUCAGCUGGACGCUGCCCAACCGCACCUCAGGCAUCUUUAAUGUCAGCAGCCCUUUACCUGGGGACUGGUUCUUGGCUGCCCACCUUCCCCAGGCCCAUGGCCACAUCUCUGUCAAGGGUCUCCAGGAUGAAUGUCAGUACCUUCUUCAGCCACAACUGAUCAUCAGGCGUUUGCUGGAUGUUGCUGUGUUGGUUCCUGGCCGUCCCUCAGAGCAAACCCUUUCUCUCCACAAUCACUCAGCCCUGUACAAGGUCUUUGUGCCCAGCUUUACUUACAGGGUUUCAGCACAGCUGGUGUGUGUGGGGAGCCGAGCGGUGUCUACCUGCCCCCUGACAUUGCGCCUACGUCCCAAGGCCCCACCCCUGCACAACUCAAGCUCUGUGGCCUGUGGAGGUGCCUCAGUAUGCCAGCUGGAGCUAGCACUGCCUCCCUGGGGACACUGGGUCUAUGUGCGUGUGGAGACACCAUCCCGUGGCCCCAGUAGGACUGUCCGCUUCCAGCUGGUUGUGCGGUUGCAAGAGUGCCCACAGCCCAGCCUAUCCCGAGCCCUGGUCCCUGGAGCUGCCAUGAACAUGCCUCAGUCCCUGGGCAACCAGCAACUGCCUCCCGAGCUACCAUCCCUGGGGACCCCAGUAGAGGGACCUGGGACCACAUCUCCACCUGAACACUGUUGGCCUGUGCGCCCGACUCUACGCAAUGAGCUAGAUACCUUCUCUGUCCACUUCUACAUCUUCUUUGGGCCCAGUGUGGCCCUUCCACCUGAGCGCCCAGCUGUGUUUGCCCUGCGGCUGUUGCCAGUGCUCGACAGUGGAGGUGUCCUCAGCCUGGAGCUCCAGCUCAAUGUGAGUUCCCUGCACCAAGAAAAUGUGACAGUGUUUGGAUGCUUGACCCACGAGGUGCCCUUGAGUCUGGGUGAUGCUGCGGUGACCUGUUCCAAAGAGUCUCUAGCCGGCUUCUUGCUAUCCGUCAGUGCCACCUCCAGAGUGGCCAGGCUUCGAAUCCCAUUCCCACAGACAGGGACUUGGUUCCUGACCCUCCGCUCUCUGUGUGGGGUGGGGCCUCGGUUUGUGCGGUGCCGCAAUGCAACGGCUGAAGUGCGGCUGCGCACCUUCCUGUCACCGUGCGUGGACGACUGUGGGCCUUAUGGCCAGUGCAAGCUGCUGCGCACGCACAACUACCUGUAUGCGGCCUGCGAAUGCAAGGCUGGGUGGCGGGGCUGGGGCUGCACCGACAGUGCCGAUGCACUCACCUAUGGAUUCCAGCUGCUGUCCACGCUCUUGCUCUGCCUCAGCAACCUCAUGUUCUUGCCACCCGUGGUCCUGGCCAUUCGGAGCCGAUAUGUGCUAGAAGCUGCUGUCUACACCUUCACUAUGUUCUUCUCCACGUUCUAUCAUGCCUGUGACCAGCCAGGCAUCGUGGUUUUCUGCAUCAUGGACUAUGACGUGCUGCAGUUCUGUGAUUUUCUGGGCUCCUUAAUGUCCGUGUGGGUCACUGUCAUCGCCAUGGCUCGUUUACAGCCUGUGGUCAAGCAGCCCCUGGAGUCCUCUUUCCCUAGGUGCUGUAUCUGCUGGGGGCUAUGCUGCUGUCCAUGGCUCUGCAGCUUGACCGACAUGGACUCUGGAACCUUCUUGGACCCAGUCUCUUCGCCCUGGGGAUCUUGGCCACAGCCUGGACAGUACGUAGUGUGCGUCGUCGUCAUUGCUACCCACCCACGUGGCGCCGCUGGCUCUUCUACCUGUGUCCAGGAAGCCUUAUCGCAGGCAGCGCUGUCCUACUCUAUGCUUUUGUGGAAACCCGGGACAACUACUUCUACAUUCAUAGCAUUUGGCAUAUGCUCAUCGCCGGCAGUGUGGGCUUCUUGCUGCCUCCUCGUGCCAAGACUGACCGUCGGGUCCCAUCUGGAGCCCGGGCCCGGGGCUGUGGUUACCAGCUGUGCAUCAAUGAGCAAGAGGAGUUGGGCCUUGUGGGCCCUGGUGGGGCCACUGUCAGCAGCAUCUGUGCUAGCUGAGAGGGGCUUUGGGCCAGGCUCCUAGGGGAUAUGAACCCUUCCUAGGGUUCUUCCUAGGGCCAUGGAGCCCACUUGGGGAUGAGAGAUAAGCUGCAUUCCUCUCAACAUGGAGUCUUUCUCAAGAACAUUGAAUUCUUUCAGGGACCUGGAGGCCUUCCCAGGACACGGGGGCUUCUGGAGGGCCUGGAGUCCUCCUGAGUCCAUGGAGUCCUUUCUUAAGGACUGGAGCUAUGCAGGGCACAGAGCCUACUCAGGACAAAGGAAUCCCUCCUAGGGAUGUGGAGCCCUUCCCAGCAAUCUGGAGGCCUCCUACAGACAUGAAUUGUUUCUCAUGGAGUCCAUCUUGGGGGAAACUGAGUCUCUAGAUUUUUGUGAGAGACUCAGUAACUCUGGCUUCAGAUUUCCUUCCCAGAGGCAGUGUGUGUGUGGGCUGGGCUGGGCUGGACUUGGAAAGGGGUGUUGCAGGACAGAUGGAGCUGGGGCAGGGUUGAUGGUGGGACAGGGAUGUAGGUGGAAUCUGAUUUGUCUCCAAUGAAGUAUAUGUUGGUUCUAUGCUGCAUUUUCUUUCUUUCUGAGGCUUGGGGUGGGAGGAGGGA